AUGUCUCAAGUGCAUACUAAAAGUGGCGACGCUAUUCAAGAUGAGAAAGUUUUGUUGCCAUACACUUACAUUCAGCAAGUACCUGGGAAACAGAUACGUACUAAACUUACAUUAGCGUUCAAUUACUGGCUCAAAGUUUCGGACGAGAAGCUACAUGCUGUUGGAGAGAUUGUUCAGAUGCUGCACAAUUCUAGCUUACUAAUUGACGAUAUUCAAGACAAUUCAAUCCUGCGUCGCGGCAUUCCAGUGGCACAUUCCAUUUAUGGAGUGGCAAGCACCAUUAAUGCGGCCAACUAUGUCAUGAUCAUUGCACUUGAGAAGAGUCUUGAGUUAGGACAUCCACAGGCAACAGUAGUUUAUACUGAACAGCUGUUAGAGCUUCAUAGAGGCCAGGGUAUGGAGAUAUAUUGGAGAGAUAACUUCCAGUGUCCCUCAGAGGAGGAGUACAAACAGAUGACUAUCAAAAAAACGGGUGGUCUGUUCAUGCUGGCGAUACGGCUGAUGCAGCUGUUCAGCGAGAACAAAUCUGACUUCAGCAAACUGUCUGCUAUAUUCGGCCUGUACUUCCAAAUCAGGGACGACUACUGCAACCUCUGUCUGCAGGAGUAUUCUGAGAAUAAAAGCUACUGUGAAGAUCUGACCGAGGGCAAGUUCAGUUUUCCCAUCAUACACGCCAUCAGAAAUCAGAAAGGGGACAACCAAGUAUUGCACAUAUUGAGGCAGCGCACCCACGACGUGGAGGUGAAGCGUUACUGCAUAUCCUUGUUGGAGCGGCUCGGCAGCUUCGCCUACACGAGGGACACGCUCGCGGAACUAGACGCGCAGGCGCGGGCAGAGGUAGCGGCGUUAGGUGGUAACCCAUUAUUAGAAGCUCUCCUCGACGAUCUUCUCAGUUGGAGACGAGAGAAACAAUACAAGGAUACUAUUCCCAACAGCUUGUAG